UAUAACUCGACAGGGGGCGUGUUUAACUUCUGCUGCUCUUGGACAUGCCGGACUGGAGCUGUUAAAACCCGGGUUAUAUUGUAGAGUUAGCCCGGCUUCGGUUCCGUGCUAAACAACCCAAAAUGUCCCGGGUUCUGAUAGUCGGAGCGGGCCUGACAGGCAGCUUGUGCGCAUGUCUGCUGAGGAGAGAACUGCAGAGCAGAGUGCAGAUAGUGGUGUGGGACAAAGCGAGGGGCUCAGGUGGUAGGAUGUCCACCACUCGCCCCCCCGACCCUUCGUCUCACUCAGCUGAUCUUGGAGCUCAGUACAUCACGGCCACACCUUCCUACUCUCAGUCCCACCACAGUGUGUACUCUGAGCUGCUGUCUGCAGGCCUCCUGAAGCCUCUGGACUUUCUGGUUGAAGGACUGAAGCACGGAGACGGUAACCAGGACUACGUGACGCCACUGGGCAUGGGCAGUAUAGUCAAACACUUCCUGUCUGAGUCAGGAGCUGAUUUGUUCUUCGAGCGUCAUGUGACCGGCCUGUUCCGCCGCGGUGCAUCAUGGGAGGUCGAGAGGAAGGCGGGAGACAGCGAGAUGUUUGACGCCGUCGUCGUGACAAUGCCGGUCCCUCAGAUCCUGCAGCUGCACGGAGACGUCUUACCCCUGCUGUCUGUCCACCAGCAGCAGCAGUUAGACAGGGUGGUGUAUUCGUCUCGUUUUGCCGCUGCUCUCUUCUUCUCUCCGGACGCCGUCUUCGGGUUCCCUGAUUGGACGGCUCGCUACGUCUCCGACAACUGCUGCAUCCGCUACAUCAGACACAACGCAGACGCCGGCGGUCUCGGUCCGUCCCUCGUGGUCCACACCAGCGUCUCGUUCGGCGCCGAGCACCUGGAGCGAGACACGCAGGACGUCCAGCCAAUCAUCUUACAGGAACUCCACACGCUGCUUCCUGCUCUGCCGCAGCCAAUCAGCAUCAAGUGCCACAAGUGGAGGUACUCCCAGGUUCUCACCGCGGUGCCGGGCUGUCCGGGUCAAAUGACGGUCCUGGAGCGCCCGCUGCUGGUCCUCGCCGGUGACGCCUUCGUCCACUCCAACUUUGACGGCUGCGUGGAGUCGGCACAGAGCGCGCUCAGAGUGCUGAAGGCCUCUCUGUGACGGGGAAGGGACUCAGAGGGGAUACAGCUACAGCCGGACGUAUCCCUUCUAGCUUUAACCUUUGACCUUUACACUGAUCAACAAUCAACACAAGUCAUCAGCUAAACAGUUGGUUAUAUACCAAUUAUAUUAAUGUUUCUGUUAUUGAGUUCAGUGUUUUGUCUUUAAAUAAAUUGAUUUUAUUUAAA